UCUCCGGUUCACAUGAAUCCCGUACUGCAGUCACAGUUUGUUCCUCUGGCUGAAGUCUUGUGCUGCGCUAUCUCUGAUAUGAACGCAGCUCACGUGGUCGUGACGCAGGAAACCUUACUGGAUCAGUUGGGCAAACACUACCCAGGCAUUGCAGCUCCCACACAUGAUAUUUUAUACAAUACCCUUGGAAUGCUAAUUAAAGAACGGAAGAUCUAUCAUACUGGGGAAGGAUACUUCAUAGUGACCCCAAACACCUAUUUUAUCUCUAACAAUGCUGUGAAGAAUAACAAGAGGGUCCUUUUAGAAGAUAUUGGCCCUCGGGAGCCAUCCGUCACGUACCUGGUAAGCAUGGAGGACUCUACAGAGCCGAUGAAAGAGGAUUUCCCUAUUGGCUUCCACUGCAGGUCCUGUCAUUGUUUCCCUGACCAUACUGCGGGAAGUGAACCUCAGCAGCUCUCAAAUCAUGAACUUAAUGGGAAAAGUCAAAAAGGGUCUUGUGAAUCCAGGUUCUCGGUUCAGAAUCCAGCCACCGAUACACUCCCUGGCCGCCAUUCUUGUGAAACUGCUCGCUCCUCACAUUCUGUGAAGGAAAAAGAGAAGGGUAAAAAAUUUGGACUGAGCCUUUUCUGGCGCAACACUUCUAAAAAAGAAAAACCCAAGAAAGCAUAUUCCUCGUUUUCUGCCCAGUUUCCUCCAGAAGAAUGGCCAGUCAGGGAUGAAGACAGUUUGGAUAAUAUCCCUCGUGAUAUUGAGCAUGAAAUUAUCAAACGCAUCAACCCUGUGCUGACGGUAGACAACUUAAUUAAGCACACAGCGCUGAUGCGGAAAAUUGAGGAAGAGAAAAAAUAUAUCAAUAAAGGAACCUCAACAGAAGUGUUGACUGUGAAGCACAAAUAUCUUCCCAAAGGGUGUGGGAGGAAAAAACAUAGCAGGGCUGUAAAGCAUCGCAGGAAAGUGCAGUCUGGCAAAGAGAAACAGAUCAGCAAACCACCAAGAGGCUUUAAAACAGACGACCUCAUACCAGCUAACAACAAACUGGGAAACUGUGCAGAACAUCCAUUCUCCUGUAUGACAAGUGGAUCUCUGCUUUGUGAUAAACAGCUGUGUGAGAAUGCAAUAGAGGCUGAACCAUGCCUUGUAUACAAGAAGGAAAUUACUAACCCCUUUCAAGAUAUUCUGUGUAGAGGGAAUAAAUCCACAAAAGGACAUAGACGUCAGAAACAUGACUAUGUAAAAUCCACAGUUCCUAGAUCAGAGAAGAGGUUUCUACGGUCCGACUCUUUGGAUACUGUGGACUAUAAAACAAAACAGCAGUCUGCUAUCAAAUGUGGUGACAAAGAUGACCGGAAAAAACAUCUGGCCACAGACUGUUCUAGUCACCGUCACGUCUCAGGCUGCUGUGCUGAACACUCACAGUACCAAGCUUUACAAAGAGAUGGCAAAUAUGGAUCUUUGGAAGAAAGUAUAGCUUAUAAACAUGAUGCGCGUCGAGGAGCAAGCCCCAAAAGUAUGGUGGAGAACCAAGCAACUCCAGAAACUUACACUGUACUCUUGGAUGGAUCGGAAAUGAGGUAUCCACAAGCUUCCAGUCAUGUUCACCACUGGGGCGAAGCUGGCCUGUAUGGCUUAAAGGAUCAGGAUUUAGGUCAGUUAAAAAGUGCAUGUUUCCCCAGUGAUACAGAGGCUACUCACCAAUCGAAGCAGUCUGAAAAUGCUGCCACACAGAGACCUAAUGGGGAUUUAAAGAUGGAGCUGCAAUCAAGCGACACUAGCAAAUGGCUUGAGUCUGUGAACCCACAAUGCAAACGAUGCUCCUACGACAAGCCAGCUCCAUACCCCAAAGGGGAGGAUGCUGAUGCUUGUGGUUCACUGGGUCAUGGUGGCAAAGAGCAACUGUGUGCGGAAGCACCUGAGCUGCCAUCCAACCAACCUCCGUACAGUUCUUCAGACACAGGGAGGCGAAAUAACACAGAACACAAACUGGGCACUGGCAUGUCAGGAAGCAGUAGUAUCAGUUCUCACUUCCCAGGGCAUGGAACAGAUAUAGACCGGGUUGAUUCUUGGGGGCAUGAAGGGAAUGGGUUUUUUAGCAUUACUAGAUCAAACAGCAGCCACAAAGAGUAUCAGAAAGUCAGCACCGAAGGAGAGAGUUGCGUCUGCCGCCAAAUAUCUCCGUGUGUUUACAAAAGUGAUGAAGAGAUCGUGGCUCUUGGUGGACGUGGGCAAGCACUGGAUACUGUUGAUACUUGCGUGUUUCAUUGCUGUGAUUCAGAGGCCAGAACUUGGCAGGAGUCUGUAAAUGAAGUGGACAAGAGAUUGGCAUCCUUGGCUCUGCCAUCAAAAGGCAGAGAAGUUAAGACAAGGAUCAUGGAAAAGCCACAGACGUUUGAUGAUGUGUCUAGCGCUGCCGAUCAGUGUCCCCAGCAUGAACAAAACCACUUGGAAGGGAUAGGAAGCCACAGCAUCACAGGAGACAGUGGAAUAGAUUCUCCAAGAACACAAAGUCUAGCAUCUGCUAAUUCUGCCAUCUUGGAAGGACUGAAAAAGAGAAGAAGCUUCUUGAUGAACUUGGAAGGCAUAGAGAAGACGAUACAGAGUGGCAGGGGUCUCACGCGAAAUUCCUUGCUUCAGCUGACUCCGGUCAUGAAUGUUUAA